UUAUCCCGGCAGGGCCGGCCGAGCUCUUUCCCAGGCGAGGAAAUAUUUAACUGCAGCGUCAGCAGGCAGGGCAGGAGGGUGCAGGCAUGGAGGGCUGCGGGCAGCACCCGGCCCCCACUGCCCCUUCAGGCCAACCCCAGGCUGAACAUCUGCAGCUUUUGCUUCGUCGCAGCCGGGAGGCCAAAAGUUGCGCUUAUUGCCCCUACAGCCACUUCCCGGUGGGCGCUGCGCUGCUCACCGCCACCGGGGAGAUCUUCUCCGGGUGCAACGUGGAGAAUGCCUGCCACAGCCUGGGGGUGUGUGCUGAGCGUACUGCCAUCCAAAAAGCCAUCUCUGAGGGGCACACCAGCUUCAAGGCCAUGGCCAUCUCCAGUGACAUGAGGGAUGAGUUCAUCACACCCUGUGGUGCCUGCAGACAAGUGAUGAGAGAGUUUGGCACAGACUGGGACAUCUACCUGACCAAAGCAGAUGGCACCUACAUUGUCAAGAGGCUGGAGGAGCUGCUGCCACUCUCCUUUGGCCCUGAAGACCUCAAGAAGGUGUGA